GGUGUUGGCGUUAGUUCUUGAAGACGGUGUGAGGUGAGCGUUCGUGUCGUAAGAAGCUCUGAAGGAAUCGUUCUGCUAGAAGACAAGAAAGCGGUACGACCCACGGCGAAUCAGCCACCUUGUAAGGUUCAAAAUGGCGGCGCCCAGGACUCAGAACUUCCAGCGAGGGCGAAGCCCGUUGUACGUAGCCGUGCCGUUGGACUUCGGGUGCCCCCCAGGUGGUCCCCCGAACGCCGUUGCCCCCGUCCCCAACUACUACUACCCGUACCAAGGCCGCACCAGGCACUACAUCGACAGCAUCCUGGAAUCCCCCAAGAGACCCUCCGAGCUCUCCCCACCCUUCCCCGUUAGUACACUUGACCUAAUGCGGCACAACCCGCAUCGGUUCAUGACCCCCGGGUCUGAGACAUCGGACCAGCAGAGCGUGUCCUCGGCGUCGGAGGGCACCAUCUCCCCGCAGCCGCUCCUAGACGACUACGAUGCCAGCCCGGACGAGGUCAAGAACUUCUCCCUGGGGCAGAAGGAGCUGGAGAUGUCCCACCCGCCGGAGAAGCUUCUGGUGCCGAGCCCGACCCCAAGCACACCCUCGCCGCCAGAGCGCCGACAGAAAAAGCCGCCGACUCCACCGCCAAGUGCUCCUGACUCGGACAAGAAAGGCAAGAAAACAAGAACCACCUUCAAAUACCACCAGGUGAGUGCGCUGGAACAGGUGUUCGCCAUGACCCACUACCCGGAUAACGACACUCUGGACUGGCUCACUACAACACUACAGAUACCGGAGGCUAAGAUCAAGGUUUGGUUCCAGAACAAGCGGGCCCGGUGGAAGAAACAGCGGGUCAGUGAGUUUGGCGCCAUCCACCCCGGCGUACCUGGCGCGCAGGCGCACUACAUGAUGACGGACCCCUGGGCUCCCCACAUCAUCCCCAAGGGCGCCCCUCCCUCCGUACCAAAACCCCCCAUCCAGUACAGCGCCCCUACCCCCGGGAGUUACCCCCCGUCCCCCACCGUACCCCUGCCACCCCGUCUACCCUUACACUCCGUGGCGGGACUGAACCCAACACUGGCGGCUGCGUCAUCCAUCCCGACACUCCCUUCGGCGUCAUCUAUCCCAGCACUCCCCGCGGCAGCCACAUCAAUCCCGACACUCCCCGCGGGAGCCACAUCUAUCCCAUCACUCCCCGCGGCAGCCACGACGAGAUACGCGCUACCUCAGUACCAGGUGCCCACAUCUGUGCAUGCGCAGUACCCAAAGACUACGGUGUACCAAUAACAGUCACAGAACUGUGUAAAAUCUAAGGACAAUGUCUGCACAAUUUUUGAUGAAGUAUAGGAGUAUAUGUCAAUUUUUUGAGUGUCCAACACCUAAACUGUUAUACAUGUAUUAUUGUCUUUUUCAUAAUUGUUUAAAAAUUUUGCAAUAUGAUUUCAGAAGUUGAAAAGUAUGCUAUCGUCUCUGGAACAUUACAAUUUGGUACAGAAUUCAAAUGCAAGUACAAGAAUUCCUACAAUGCAUCGCUUUUCCCAAUGAACCUUAGUCGUGAUGAAUUGUGGGAAUGGAAGUUUACUUGCAUUUAGGGUCACGAUACAGCCACAAUGCAUUGCGCGUUUCUUAGAGACACAAUUAUACCAAGACCGAGCUCUCUACCACGUCAAAUUUUGUAGGAAACAUAGGAACCAGGGAAACUUUGACAAUGUGUUUGUUAUAGACUUUGAAAAAAGAGAAGUUUGCUUAUCAAUAUAUAUGUAUAUAUUGUAGAUAGCCCUGUCUUAAUAUAAGUUAAAACACUAAGAGACGCGUUAUGUUAUAUUCUUCAUGGCCCAUGUGAAAAAAAAUACAUGUUGCACAGACUGUAGCAUAUUUCAACGUUGUUUCUCGAACAGUACUUAUGACCAGGUUUGUAACGAAUAAAAUUCGUCUGUGAUCCAUAACAAGUCAGCCAUGAGCACCGAUGUUGUCUCAAAGCGUCUGCACAUGAUUUUUUCCUGUCACAAAUGAGGUCUAUGUACAUUUCCCAUGUUGCCAUAAUGUUGAACACGAUGUGUUGUUUGUAUAUAUUUGCUGACAUCAUGUUCGCCAUAUGUAAAUUUGUACAUGUGUGUAUAUUUGUGUAUGAGAGCACAUCACAUGUGUGUAAUACAUGUUUAUGCACUUUAAA